GGAGCCGGAGGCCGAAGUCCAGAGAGGGGGCGGGGAGAGCGCGGCCCCUCGUCCGCCCUUGAUCCCCAGGCCGCCGGCCCUUUGAGCACAGUCGGCCGUUCGGGCCGCUGCGGGGACCGGCGGGUGACAUGCUGCGGCGGCUGGCGUCCCGCUGCGCCCGGAGCCUGGGGGCCCGCGGGGGCGCGCGUCCUGCCGCGGGGCUCCGCCACCUGGGCCGCAGCCCCCGCCGCCGGGCCUCCGAUGCUCCCCGGAACCAGCCCCCCAGCUCCGAGGUCGUGGCCCGGCCGGUGGGCGUCUGCUCCAUGAUGCGGCUGCCGCUGCAGGCCUCCCCCCAGGGGCUGGACGCCGCCUUCGUCGGGGUGCCCCUGGACAUUGGGACCUCCAACCGGCCCGGGGCGAGAUUUGGACCCCGGCGGAUCAGGGAAGAAUCCGUGAUGCUUCGGACAACUAACCCUAGCACGGGGGCCCUCCCCUUCCAGUCCCUCUCGGUUGCAGACCUAGGUGAUGUGAAUGUCAAUCUUUACAACCUUCAGGACAGCUGCCGUCUAAUUCGAGAGGCCUAUCAGAAAAUCGUAGCAGCUGGCUGUAUUCCUCUGACCUUGGGUGGAGAUCACACAAUCACAUAUCCUAUAUUGCAAGCGAUGGCAAAAAAGCACGGCCCCGUGGGGCUGCUGCACGUGGAUGCCCACACGGACACGGCUGACAAGGCCCUAGGAGAGAAGGUCUAUCACGGGACGCCCUUCCGCCGGUGCGUGGACGAGGGACUCCUGGACUGUAAGCGUGUGGUGCAGAUCGGCAUCCGGGGCUCCGCCAUGACCCUGGAUCCCUACAGAUACAGCUGGAGCCAGGGCUUCCGGCUGGUCCUGGCUGAAGACUGCUGGAUGAAGUCCCUGGUUCCUCUGAUGGGGGAAGUGAGGCAGCAGAUGGGAGGCAAACCCGUGUACAUCAGCUUUGACAUUGACGGCUUGGAUCCCGCCUAUGCCCCGGGGACAGGGACGCCCGAAAUUGCUGGUCUCACCCCUAGUCAGGCGCUGGAAAUCAUCCGGGGUUGUCAAGGCCUGAACGUGGUGGGCUGUGAUCUUGUGGAAGUGUCACCGCCUUAUGAUCCUUCUGGAAACACGGCCCUCCUGGCGGCUAACCUGCUGUUUGAGAUGCUGUGUGUGCUCCCCAAAGUGACAGUCGUCUGAACCUCGUGCUCUUCCUGAUAAAUCAGCAGCUUGUGUUGAUGACAGGUUCUCAGGAAUUUAUGUGCAAGAGGCCCGAGUACUCAAGAGUUUACGCCAGUAAAACCUUCUGCUAGAGUGUCACUGGAGGCUGUAAAAUCAGGGCAUUCAGUAGAAGUCUGAUCCAACAGCUAAUAUUUCUAAGGAGUCUGAAUUAAAGAGAAGCACGUGUGUUGUUACAAGGGACAGAGCAUUUAGUUUAGGAUUAUCUAAAAACUGGAGAAAUGAAAUAUAAAAAAAAAAACACAAAAACCCAAAGGACAGAAUCCCGUAUAAACAUCUCCUAUGUCUCUAGUUUGUCUUCCUUUACACUAUGGCUCCUCCUGAGGAACUCAGGGCUGCGUCUGGGUUUUAGGCCAUUUGUGAACAUAAGCAAAUAGUUUGAAAGUAACAUGCAGACUCUCACAAAGAAACUGCCCACCCAACAGCCCAGGAGGGCGCAUGGAAUGUCUUUUCAACCAGACAGCGGGUGGCCUCCAAAGUGCCCUUGGUGACACUUCCUUAACCUACUCCCUGCCUCAGUUUCGCAUCAUCUGCUCUUUGCGCUGGCCCACCCUCUAGGAUAGCAGCUCCUGAGAUCUGCACUGAAGAUUCAGGCAUGUGUUGAGUUACACACAAAUUCAAUUUUGUUGAGAAUGGGUCCACGAUCAAACCCUCCUCUUCCUGAUGCAAGGGCGACGCGUAAUCGUCACACAUUAAAAUAGUUUAUUUCUGUU